ACGUGGAAAGCUGAAAGUGACUAAAAGUUGCAUUAGAAUUCUUCGAAAGAAUGGUUUCUUUUAUCUGUAAUGUAUGUGGUCAAACAGUUCGGAAAGCUCAGGUUGAAAGACACUAUCAGAACGACUGCCGUAAUUGCGAAGUUCUGUCGUGCAUCGAUUGCGGAAGGGACUUUCACGGUGAUGAGUACGCUUCCCAUACAUCGUGUAUAUCUGAAGCAGAAAAGUAUCAAGGAAAACUCUACAAACCAAAGGAUAAACAGAAUAAAGGCGAACACAAGCAGCAAGAAUGGCUUAAGCAAGUGAGAGAGGCAUCAAGAUCCGAAAAAGUGGAUCCGCGUUUGUCCCACCUUUUGGAUAGAAUUAGUGAAUAUUCCAAUAUUCCAAGAAAGAAAGCUAAAUUCCAAAAUUUCUGCAAGAAUAGCAUUGGUGUGCAAGAUGAUGCAACUUUGGACAAGCUGUGGGACCUUUUCUCGGAUAGUGCAAAGAAGUCGCAACAACAGGACAUAACUAGCAGCAAUGGUGUAGUCGAUCAUGAAAAAAGCAAUGGAUCAUCUUGUCAAAAUAAUGCAGAAGAUGAAUGUAAUGGAAUUUCUACAAAACACAUGGUAAAAGAAACAAAUCAUGAAGUUGAUAACAGUAACAAACAAAACUUAAAAGGAAAGAAAGAUGAAAAGACUAAAAAACACAAGGAAAGAGAAAAAUCAAAAGACAUUGACUCUUGUGAAAGUGAGCAGAAGUCAAAGGUAAAGAAACACAGAAAGGACAUACAUGGGAAUGCAGAAGAAUCAGAUAAACUUGUUAAUAUUGAAAAUAAGCAGAAAAGAAAAAGAAGUGAAGAGAAAGAAUUUAGAGUUGAACAUCAACAAUCCAAGGUAUUAAAAAUGAUGGAGAGUGACGAAAUAAGUGGUGAUAAAAAUCAAUUUAAUUGGAAAUCUACGAUUAAGGCAGUCUUGAGGCAAGCUCCUGAUCAAGAGUUACCAAUCAAAAGAUUAAGGAAAAGGGUUUUGGCAGAGUUUGAAGCAAGAGGAGCUAAUACAAGAAAUCUUUCUGAUAAUGAACUGAGAGCUUUAUUCGAGAAAAAGAUAACAAAAAAUCGUAAAUUCAAGGUUCAUAAAGACAGAGUGAAACUUGUCAAAUAAGGAAGAAAUUCUACACUGAACUCUCAUUUAUUUUCCGCAAGUCUUGUGUUUUACAAAAGCUUUGUUUUGUUUUUGAAACAAGUUUAUAUUCACAAGCAAGUCUUGUGUUUUGCAAAAGCUUUUUUUUGUUUUUGAAACAAGCUUAUAUUCAUAAGCAAGUCUUGUGUUUUGCAAAAGCUUUGUUUUGUAUUUGAAACAAGUUUAUAUUCACAGGCAAGUCUUGUGUUUUGCAAAAGCUUUGUUUUGUUUUUGAAGCAAGUUUAUAUUCAUUUAAUAAACAGAAAGAAGACACAA